GGCGGCUGUGGCGUGGAGGGAGGCUGUGGCGGUGACGGCGGCGGACACAGACGCUGCGCUCCGGGAGCAGCAGCGGGGUCGGCGGCCGCUCGCACCGCUGCGGAGGGGCCGGCCGGUAGUGGAGCGGAGCAGCUGCGCCACGGGUGGCAUUGUGUGUCCCAGGGUGCAGGAGCAAGUCCCAGAAGAGAGGCGAGGCUGAGGCCAGAGCGCUGGGUUGUUUCAGCAGGGAAGAACUCCCUUCCCCCCUGCUUCAGGCUGCUGAGCACUGAGCAGCGCUCAGAAUGGAAGCCAUCGCCAAAUAUGACUUCAAAGCUACUGCAGACGAUGAGCUGAGCUUCAAAAGGGGGGACAUCCUCAAGGUUUUGAAUGAAGAAUGUGAUCAGAACUGGUACAAGGCAGAGCUCAAUGGGAAAGAUGGUUUCAUUCCCAAGAACUACAUAGAAAUGAAACCACAUCCGUGGUUUUUUGGCAAAAUCCCCAGAGCAAAGGCAGAAGAAAUGCUUAGCAAACAGCGGCAUGAUGGGGCCUUUCUUAUCCGAGAGAGCGAGAGUGCUCCUGGGGAUUUCUCCCUCUCUGUCAAGUUUGGAAAUGAUGUGCAGCACUUCAAGGUGCUCCGAGAUGGGGCUGGAAAGUAUUUCCUCUGGGUGGUAAAGUUCAAUACCUUGAAUGAGCUGGUAGAUUAUCACAGAUCUACAUCUGUCUCCAGAAACCAGCAGAUAUUCCUCCGGGACAUAGAACAGGUGCCCCAGCAACCUACAUACGUCCAGGCCCUCUUUGACUUUGAUCCCCAGGAGGAUGGAGAGCUAGGAUUCCGUGGGGGAGACUUUAUCCACGUCAUGGAUAAUUCAGACCCCAACUGGUGGAAAGGGGCCUGCCACGGGCAGACCGGCAUGUUUCCCCGCAACUAUGUCACCCCUGAGAACCGGAACGUCUAAGAACCAAGAAGAGAUUAUUUAAAGAAAGUGAAAAUUUUACACCUACAAAAGAAGUAAAACCUACAAGCUGCCUCUGACAGCAGCCUGAGAGGGAGCUCAGAACACCUGGCGGGUCACCAUGGUGAUCCUUUCAACUUUGGUUGGAACUUUGGGGGGUGGGAAGGGGAGUUGCAUAUAAAAAUGCCAAAACUUACCUAUAAAUUAAGUAAAGAGUUUUUAUUACAAAUUUUCACCCCUCCUAUUUCCCCUUUUGUCCUGUUUUUUUUUUUUUUUUCAUCCUUUUUCUCUUCUGUCUCUCAGUGCAUGACUUUUAAUGUCACGUAUAGACCUAGCUGAUGCCAAUAAUAAAAGAAAAGAAACCAAGUGGGCUGGUAUUUUCUCUAUGCAAAAAUGUCUGUUUUAGUUGGAAAGGCUGAAAGAACAACCGUUUCUGUGUUCUUCAUAUAAACACAAAAAGGACAGGGCCGGGGAGCGGAGCCUUCCUUGUUUAGCUUCUGCUG